UUCCCUCGUCCCGUGAUUCAUGAUGUAUUUUGCAUUAGUUAUUCAUCAUCAGUCACUUGAAGGAGUCAGUUGAAGACAGAGUACGUGAUAUUUGUACUCGCUGUUGUCAAAAAUCUAAUGCUUUUCUGCGAAGAAUGAAGGCAUAAAACACCUAUUACAAACACUGUUCAGUAGAUGCAAUCCAGUUGAGUGAUAACUACUAUUCCUGUUUAAUAAUCAAAUAUAGAAUAAUUACUCGAAAGCAAAAUCUCUUCAAGGAUUUUUCAUACCAGAGAUUAAAUUCUUCCAUAUAAGUAUGGAGCAAAACGAGAUACCUUUGCCUCUGGAACCGAUUAAAUCCAACAACAUCGAAGAUAGGCGACUCUGGAUUGGUAAUCUUGAUCUUAGAAUUAAUGAGUAUCAAUUCCUCAAACUCGUCCAAAAAUACGGAAACAUUGAAAAGUUUGAUCUGCUGUUCCAUCGAUCUGGGCCACAAGCUGGUUUACCAAGAGGAUAUGCUUUUGUUACGUAUAAAACGGCAAAUGACGCCGAGAACGCAAUGGAAACACUACAGAAUCUUAAAGUUGGGUGUAAAAAUAUCGUAGUUAGAUAUGCUCACAGUGUCAAUGAGGCUGAACUAGAUAAACCAAAGCCUAAAAUUGAAAUUCCUGCACUUGCUGGUGCAAAAAAAAGUGAUGUAAGAAUAAGCCGUGAAACAGCUAUACAAGCUAUUGAAGCAAAAUUAAAGAUGAUGAAGGAGUCAGAAGAAGAAUUUCAAUUGAAUAAACCACUUGAAGGAAGUUCUGUGGUAUAUCAAUAUCAAAAACAGGAUAACAAUAAACCAGCUACAUCCACGCGACAUCACAGUAGGGGAAGCUAUCAUCAUAAAAAACCUUAUAGUCGCACGAGACCAAGAAGAUAAUCAUAUUUUUAACUGAUACUAAUACUGUGUAUCUGUAUAAGAAAGUAUUCAUGUUUCAUGUGUAUUUAUUUUCAUUCAUUAAAUUAUAAAUUGUAAGCACAACAGUGAGCCAUUAGACAACAAAUGUUCUGAAAAUUUUUAUUUCAUCAAUUCAAUUAUUAUUCUGCGUAAUAUACUGUCGUAGUGGCUUAUAAAUGAAAUGAUUUAUUUUUUAAACUCUUGCUUCGGAGUAUUACGUAUAUAUGUAAGUAAUAGCAAAACGAA